AUGAAAAGUAGUGAUAUUUCUAAAAAAGAUAAAAGAGAUGAUAGCAUCUCUUUAACAAAUAAUAAUAAUAAUAGUAAUAGUCAUAAUAAUAGCAUUAGACCAACAAAUAGAGUAGCAUCGCAAAAAAGAAAUAUAAAUAAUUUAAGCGAUGAAAUUGAAGAUAUCGAAGAAUGUGAAGAGGUUGUAUUUAAAUCGUCAAUGAUGAAGUCUUCAAGAAAUUCAUUUAUGUCCCAAUCUUCACCCAAUUCUUUUACAAUAAAAAAUCAAUACACACCACAAAGUAUUAACAAUACAAAUGGGAUUUCAAAUAAAAAGAUAAGACCAAGUCAUUCUCAAUCACCCACAUCGAUAUUCAGCCAUUCACAAUCACCAAGCACCUCUUCUUCACCAAAAUGUACAUCACCAAAUUCAUCCUCAACAAGUAUUACCUUUUCCCCAGCGUCACAUAGCAUAGCUUCAAAAAUUAUGGAUAGUAACGACGAGGAGUCCGACAAAUUUUAUUGCAUUUACGGAGAAAAGUGCACAGAUAAAUCAGAAAGUCAUUUAAUGGAGUAUUCACAUAAAAAGAAAAGAUCAUCUCUAUCGGCUUCAUCCUCAUCACAAUCACCCUCAAACAUCACAACUGCUUCAGCAUUAUCAUCAUCAACUAAAAUAUAUAAUAGCAUUGUAGGCAAUCUAUCAAAUAAAAAACAAUUAAAUCACAGUAAUAAUAGUGAUAUAAUAAAUAAUGCAAUAAUAAUCAAAAAAAAAGAAAAAACUGAAGAGGAAAAAGAAAAAGAAAGAAUUCUGCUAGAGGAAGAGGAGAUAUUGGGAUUCAGUGGUUUUGAAAAUUUAAUUAAAGUGUCACCAACUGUUGUUGAUAUCGAGGCUAAAUCAAUAACGAUAUCAAGCCCAACCACAGUGCCAACAUCAAUCUCAACCACUACUACCACAACUUCAGCCUCUCCAGCAAGCUCAACAAAAAACAUAACAUCACCACCUACAGAAAUCGACGAUACCGUUGUAAAACUUUCAAAGCCAUUUAAACCAAAGAAAACAAAAGAAAAACCAAUUAAAGAUGAAGAUAUUUUUGAUGAUAUUGAAAUUGAUUUUAAUGAAACCUUUACAAGUAGUGGUAGCACAAAUAAUUUAAAAAAUUUUUAUAAUGGCACUAAUAAUAAUAAUAAUAAUUUACCAAGACAAAACUCAUUUAAAUCAGCCAUAAAUGGUAGAGUAUCACCUAAAAACAAUAAUAAUAAUAUCGAUGAUAAGAAUAAAAUGUUUAUUGAUAAACAUAUACCAAUUAGUGAGGGGGAACUCGUUGUACAUAAAACUAGAGUUGAUAGGGUUAAAAUUUGGUUCCAAGAUAGAUUAAAAGAAUUAAAUUCAAGUUAUCCAUUGAGUGAAAAGUUAUUAUUUUUAACAGGGCCAACAGGUGUUGGGAAAUCAACAUUGGUUAGGGUAUUGUCAAAGACGAUGGAUUUUGAAAUUGUCGAAUGGAUUAACCCACCAAUAGUGGUUACAAAGAAUUUUGAUGAUAAUCUUUCAACACCAUAUUCAUCAACAAUUUCCGAAUUUAAAAAGUGGGUAAAAUAUAAUAGUCAAGGGUUUUCAAUGUUUAGCACCAAUAUAAACAAAGUAUUAUUUAUUGAAGAUAUACCCAACGUUACAAAUGAAAAUAGACUAGAAUUUUUAAAAAUUUUCGAAAAUUUUUUAGAGAAUUCAUUAUUUCCGAUGGUUUUUGUAUUAUCAGACUCAUUCACCGGUAAUAGUGGUCUUUAUCAGUUAUUUCCAAACUCGUUCAUUUCAAAUAAUAGAAACAUAUUUCAUAUACAAUUCAAUCCAGUUGCUCCAAGUUAUCUUAGAAAGUUAUUACAAAAAAUUGCAGUUGAGGAGGGUUACGGUAAUGCAGUUUCUCAGUCUCAAUUGAAUUCUUUUGUAGAUGAAAGUGCCGGCGAUAUAAGAGCUGCUAUCUUUUCUUUAGAAUUUUUCUGUGUCGGUAGAAAGCACGAAAAUCCUCAAACCUCAAAAUUAAAAAAACCAAGAAAACAACAACCUACAUCGAACCACACAACAGAGGAUGAAUCUAAAGUUAACGGUGUACUCCCAAGGAACCGUGAUUCCAUUUUGACAUUAUUUCAUUCAAUUGGUAAAAUAUUGUACAAUAAAAGAAUAGCCAAUUCAAAUCCAUAUGUUCAAGGGGAAACUUGGUAUAAAGAAAAGUUUCAUAGGGAGACACCAGAAAAUGUGGUGGAGGAGGUAUUUGAAAAUAGUCAUAUUGACUACAAUACUUUUAUCAACUUUGUGCAUGAAAAUUAUCCAACAUUCUAUUCAUCAAUCGACGAAGCCUCUCAAUCACUAGAAUAUCUUUGCAACAGUGAUAUUUUCGACUCAAAUAAGCAUAAUCAACAUAUUUCUCUUUCAAGCUAUAACGAUAUGCUACCGAAAAGUUCAAUUUCAGUUUCGCUAAGAGGUUUCACCUUUUCACAUACCCAGAGUACACCACGACAGUUUUUUCAUUUUAUUAAACCAAGAAUUAACGAGCCGACAAACCAAUCACAUCAAUACCAACAAUUAUUUACCGAUUGUAUAUCGACCAGAGUUCAACAAUCAGGUUUAAAUAAUCUUAGUGGUUUCCAAGAAAUACCCAGAUCGAUACUACAAAAAUCACCAUUGUUUUUGGAAGUUUUGCCAACAAUGAACUCUAUAAACAAAUCAUUAAAAUAUAAUAAUGGUAAAAAUAGUAAUACCUAUCGGAAUCAAUUCCAACAACAACAAAGUAUAACUACUCAAAUUAUGAAAUUUGACCAUAAACUUUUAUUAGAUUUCUGUACAUUUAAAAACAACUACUCAUUAAGUCAAUAUAAUUUUUCAAAAGAUAAUCAAGUUGAUCAGAAAUUUGUUUCAAUUGGUUUAAAUGACGAACAAGAUGAAAAUAAUUAUGAUAAUCAACAAAAUCAACAACACAACAACGACCAAAGUGAUAAUAAUGAUAAUGAUAAUGAUAAUAAUAAUAAUAAUAAUAAUAAUAAGAUUGUAUCUUUUUAUGGUAAUAACGAAGUGUUAAAAUAUGAUGAUAUAGUAGACGAUUAA